AUGUCUAGCCGGAUUUUACUCAAAACAUCUUCUGCACUGGACUCGUCUGCGCUUUGUUGGGUUUGGGUGAACCCCUCGUUGUUAUGGGUGCAGGUGGAGAUGGUCAACGAGUUCUCUGAGGCCUUGCGAUCAGGUCGGUCCAGUGUAAAGCAGAUGAUCAUGGGCGCGGGCAAGACCUCGGUGGUCUCACCCUUGUUGGCCUUGAUGCACGCGAACGGCAGCCGCAUCGUGUGUUUGGUGGUGCCACCAGCACUCAUCAGCCUUUCCCGCUCGGUGCUGCAGAAUUGCUUUUCCACGGUGGUGCAGAAGAGGGUCUCAACCUUCAAGUGCGAUCGUUCGCUAGACCUGGAGGUGGCGCUCUCCGAGCGCUUGGGGCGGAUCGUCAGCCAUGGCGAUGUGCUGCUGACCACUCCGGGGGACGUCAAGUCCUUGGAACUGCGUUUCCUGGAGCAGCUAGACUUGGCCAACGACCGCCAGGCCAGGCGCAACACCACGCAGAUGAGGAGAGAGUGUGUGCAGAUGGGACGUGCUUUGGAGCUCAUGAAGCAGGGCGUUUGUAUGAUUGAUGAGGUGGACUUAGUGCUGCAUCCCUUGCGUUCGGAGCUGAACUUCCCCAUUGGACCCAAGAACCUCAUUGAGCAUGCGCCGGAACGGUGGCGUGCAGUGCUUCACUUGUUGGACGGUUUCUUCAGUGUGGAGAAGGGCCGCGUGCCGCCGCAUUUGAAGGAUUCCUUGAGAGCCAAGGAGAUUCUGCAGACUUUGGGGGAGGUGAUCCACAAGGGCUGCGACCUGCGCUUCUUGCAGCGGAACCCGCACCUGAUUUUGCUGAACGAGGAGUUCUACCACCACGAGGUCGGUCGGGCUUUUGAACAGGCCAGCGGCAACCGAGAGGACCGCGGGCUUUCGGAGGAUGAGGUUCGUGCCUACUUGCUGCACCGGGUCACGCCUCAACGCUUGGAGGUGGAAGCGCCCAUGGAGGUGUGGCAAGCCUGUCUCGCGCGGGCCGGUGGCGGCAGUGCGGCCGCUCGUUCCUCGAGCGCAUGGAUCAAUGAGGUGCUCAAAGGUGCUGUGGGCACCAAGGCAGGGCCACACCGCUUGGAGCUGCCACGACCAGACAUUGGAGGCUCCCUCGCCGUGCGGUCUGCGGCGCGGGUGGAGCGGUCGGAGCAGUGCGGAGCGGGCGCGAAGUCGGUGAAAGUGGGAGGUGCAGUGUCCUUCGAGCCAGUGGCACGGUCAGACUACGUGGCCACUCGCGUGGAAGCCACCAGCUCGGGACAAGUGCGCGUCUUGCUGGAAGAAACGGAGGAGGGUGCUCGGCAACGCGGCGAGCGGGUGGAGCGCCUCCCAGCGAAGGACGCCAAGUCGAUGAACUUGACCCUUGGCUCAUGGGAAGCUGGUCCCAGCGAUGCCCAGCUCUGA